AAGCGCCUCUCUGCUUCAUCUCCGCAGUGCCAAGAUUCCGCCUCAAACUCCUCAGCUGACGGGAAUUCAUUGACCAGUAUCAGUCUCAAGAAAGGAGUCGUCUCUUCAAUGCGUCAGGUAAACUGUGCCUCGCCCAUCGCUUUGUCCUUUAACAUACCUUUUGUCACUCAGGGCGGGUCCUAA